AUGAUGCAUAGUAGUAGUGAUCAAAGUGCAGAUCAAAGUAUAGAUCAGGAGAUGGCCAAGCUCGGGCUGCAUGAAGACAAAGAGCACGAUGGAGAACACCUGGCGGGGUCAGGGUCAGAGUCUGUUUCGGGAUCUGUUUCUAUGUCAGUGGAUGAGGACUCGUCGGUACUGGAGGAGCAACAUGCGUUUGACCCGCAACAUUUGUACACUGACCAUGUAGAAACGAGAGAUACAAGAGGAGAGCGGAAGUUUGGACGAGUGGUUUCUGAUAGAGCGGCGUCCGUACAGAGUUCUAGUAAGCUAGAAGCAGUGGAUGCCAAUGGGGUGCCAUACACUCGGUUUUCCAAGAAUGACAAGUUUUUGCUAGUGGUGAUAUGUGCAUUGAGUGGGUUUUACUCUACCAUUGCGCAAACGAUAUAUUUCCCGGCAUUGUCAGUUAUCGAGAAGGAGUUCAAUGUUUCGGAUGGGUUGGUGAACAUCACGGUGGUGGUUUACUCGCUAUGUCAGGGUAUAUUUCCCGUUAUUAUGGGAGGUCUGGCCGAUCAGCUAGGACGUCGGCCCAUUGUGCUAUGCUGUAUCGCGGUGUAUUGUGCUGCUUGCAUUGGGAUAGCACGUUGCCAAACGUACGGUGAGAUGCUAUUUUUGAGAUGCUUGCAAGGUGGUGGUAUCUCUCCGAUCAUUGCCAUCAACAGUGGGAUUAUGGGUGAUAUAACGGUGAAGUCAGAGAGAGGUGGGUACGUUGGGUUGACCAGUGGGUUUCAAGUGUUGGGAAGUGCCAUUGGUGGGCUUCUCGGUGCCUUGUUCACUGCAAGAUGGGGCUGGCGUUCCAUUUUCUGGUUCUUAGCGGCUGGAUCUGGUGUCACUCUUGCGUUCGUCGUUUUAUCGUUGCCCGAAACGAAGCGUUCCAUUGUUGGUAAUGGGUCCAUCAAGCCACCACGCUUCAUCAAUAAAUCGUUCCUAUUUUACUUGCCAUACUACCGCAGAAAGUUGCACUUGGACAACCCAGAUUACUCGACAAAGGCAGAAACUAUCAAGUACGAUCCAAAGGCGCCAUACAAGAUCCUAACAAGACCAGAAUUGAUAUCGUUGUUGGCAGUCCAGGGCCUACAGUACACCACGUGGAUCUGUCACAUGACAGUGCUAUCGCAACAAUUGACCAAGAAGUACAAGUUGAAGAUGGUCAUCGUCGGUGUGUGCUUCUUGCCCGCAGGUCUAUGUACAUUGACGAGUAUUGUGACUGCCGGUCGUUUCCUCAACUGGAACUACAGAAGAAGAUACAGAAGACAUAAGGAGUUUGUUCGUGCCGAAAAAGAGCGUUUGCUCAAGGAACACAACUACGACACACACGUUGUUGAUGAAAUAAUGGAAAACGAUAUUAAAUACAAAUUCGAUUUGUUCAAAACCAGACUAGACUGGAUUUACAUGCCUAUAUUUAUUUCUAAUGCCGGUUUCGUCACGUUCGGCUGGUGCAUUGGAGAAAAGCAGCCAUUGGCUGCAGUGCUAGUAAUGUCAGGUUUGGGUUCCCUAACGUGCAACUGCAUUAUCUCCAUAUGUAACACGCUAGUCGUAGACUUGUACCCGGACACCUCAUCUACCGCAGCAGGGUGUGUCAACUUGGUACGUUGUGUUUUCUCCGCCAUUAUAUUGGCUGCUCUAGCUAAGAUGGACAAGUCCAUGAAAAUAGGUGGAACCUUCACUUUCCUCACGGCAACCGCGAUAACAUGCUCCACCCUGCUUAUCAUCCCAUUACGCUACGGCUUGCAACUACAACUAGCCAGAGAGCAAAGAGAGAAUGCCAAGAAGCCCAACGAAGAAGAAUUGGACGAAAAUAAUAUCGAUCCAGAUGACUCAGAAGAAGAACAAGAGUUGUAUGACCUUCGCCGUGCAGCAACCGCGCAAUCAAAUUUCUCAGCUCUAUAG